AUGGCGAAAGAGGUGCUCUGGGAGGUUGUGGGUGGAGCCACCAGUGAUGGAAUCCUGGUCCGAAGCGGCGCGUCCCUCGCCACACGCCAGGACGGCCAGCGCUUGGCUACCGGUGCCGUCAUCCGACAGAUUGAACGCACGCAAGGGCGUGUGCGCUAUGAAUUGGUUCGAGGGGAGGGGCCCAACACCGGUUGGGUCAGCCUCUGUCUCCGUGGGAAAGAUCUGCUGGCACGCCGGAGGUCCGUGGAUUGUGGCGAAGUCGCAGGCACGCGGGAUGAGCGGGAUGAUGCACGUCAAAGAGAAGCAGCGAAAGCAGCGACAAGGGCGCCUGGACAAGAGAGGACAGGCCUUGAGUACCCGAAACUUGUCUUCAUUGUUUGUGCGUUCGCGUGGGUUGCUGGUGUUCUAUACUUGGCUUUGUUCGGCACCUCUCAGUGA